GUCUGAUCCAAACCAACAUCAACAUCACGAUAUCUAUAGCUGAAGAGCUGCGCACAGCCAUGGAGACAUUAUCGCCAAGAUGCAUUCUCUCAGGGGUGCUCUUCGGGGCAGCUUUGACCGCAGCAGGCAUCUACUCUCCAACAGUCAUCAUCCAACAAAUGCACUUCGAGGAUUUCCACAUGAUGAAGGCAUUCUUCAGCGCUUCUGCCACCUCUGCGCUAGCAAUCAUUCUAGCAAACCGACUUCACUUCUCCGCCUGCAAACCAAGGGCGCCCAACACUCUAAACUGGUUCAGCAAAUACGACGGCAACCUCGUAGGCGGUGCACUGCUCGGUGUUGGAAUGGCUCUCACGGGUGCUUGUCCCGGGACCGUAUUACCACAACUCGCGACCGGUAUCCCGUCUGCCUCUUACGUACUUCUCGGCGGCCUGCUAGGCGGGAUCCUGUACUCUCGAUACGGAAAGUCUCUCAUCCGACCUGCUCAGGCCGAAGUGAAAGCCGAUUCGAAACAAAUCGAGGAAAGACUAACCAUCGAUCAAGUCCUGAAAAUUGAUUCCACCAGAGCCUUGGCCAUCUACGAAACCCUCUGCCUCAGCAUCGUCGCCUCGGUCAGCUACCUCGCUCCCGACAAGCCUGACGUCUUGCUCCCUGGUGCCGUGGGGGGACUUUUGAUUGGGCUGAGCCAAUUCGCAUCUCUCUUCCUCACUAGCUCCACCCUCGGUGUGUCUACCGCUUACGAACAACUCGGCAAUGUUUUCUGGUGGGUUUACCGAACUAUCGUAUUGGGGAAGCGGAGUCCGAGGCCGAGUAUCAAGGCCACUUCUUUCGUCUUAGGAAGUGUUCUCGGAUCUUGGGGAUUGGGCAAGGCGCUGGGGUUGAGUGGAGGAGGAGGCAAAGGGGAGGUUAUUAUCGGCACACUGAGGGCAGUGGCGGGAGGUGUGCUAUUGACGUUUGGGUCCAGAGUAGCUGGAGGCUGUACGUCUGGGCAUGGGAUUAGUGGGAUGAGUUUGUUAAGUGUGGGCAGUUUUGUGAGUGUAGGGGCCAUGUUUGCAGGAGGUAUGGGAACGGCUGCGGUUCUGAAGUUUUGCGGAAGUGCAUAAGGGAGGGUUCCUAUCUGACUUUGAGCGUUGAGUAUAAGUGUUGCUAGAUAUACUAUUGCAAAGGUGAAAGGCUUGAUUUCGAAGACUUUAACAGGAAUCAAGUCUAUGAAAG